AUGAUCUGGGUAGAAAGACAGUAUCAUUCUGUUCUUCACAAGGGUAUCAAAUGGCUCUGGGGUGCGACAUUCCCGUUUCCAUAUGAUCACUACACAGUACAGGGCAUUGUACUCUUCAAAGAGAGAUACUACAUCCCCUCCGGCGAGAAGCUCAAAUCAGAGAUAUUGCGCUUACAGCAUGACGAUCCAAUUACAGGUGGACAUUUCCGCAGAGCCCGAACAGUCGAUAUGGUCAGCCGCAAGUACUACUGGCGAAACAUCCACGACGAAGUCAAGGAAUAUCUGAAAUCAACCGUCAUCGCGCAGAACGGUGCCUUCACGAAUGGCGAGACUACUCUGUCGUCAGGGUGUAGAUCAACUUGUCUGUUCGCUUCAGAGGACCGCCGGGCCCGGCCGGACAUGGCCGAGGACUCUCCAGCCAACAUGAGUCAAGACCGACCGCUCUGGAACGCCCGUGUGGCCACUAUGACCCUUGUUCGAGGCGUACCUGAGGAUGACUGGUUGGCCGCGACAAUUCAGUUCCUCGAUGAUGGAACAGAGUUGGCCGACAAGAACAUCGCCCGGGCCGUGAAGGAGUUCGCUGCGAAGCUGAGCUUCCGACUCGCGCCCGUGCCCGGACGGCGGUCCCCUGAAGCGAACAGACAAGUUGGUCUACACCCAUGA